GAUCCAACUUCUCCUGAAAUAGACUCCGUAUAUAAGACUCAAAGCUGAUCUCUGUUUCUUACCAUCGUCCCCCUCUCUCUUCUCCUCUCACGCUCCUUUCAUCUGUCUCCUUCUUUCUCCAAGGCUUCCCUCAUUCCUGUGUCCCUUCUUUCACACAGCCAAGAUGGCGAUGCAAGACUUACUCAAAGCUGAUGACAUCAAGAAGGCCCUGGACACAUUCAAAGUUGCCGACACCUUUGAUCAUAAGAAGUUCUUCGAGUUGGUUGGUCUGAAGGCCAUGUCUGCAGAGAACGUUAAGAAGGUCUUCAGUGUCCUGGACGUCGAUGCCAGCGGCUUCAUCGAGGAAGAUGAGCUCAAGUUCGUGCUGAAGGGCUUUUCCAAAGACGGCAGAGAUCUGACUGAUAAGGAGACCAAAGCCUUCCUCACUGCCGCCGACCGGGAUGGAGACGGCAAGAUUGGCAUCGACGAGUUUGAAGCCAUCGUGCACCAGUAAACAGGAAAACAUCUGGCAACCCGAAACACCUCCUCCUGUCCCUCACUCUGUCCCUCAGUCCCUCUAUUUAUUUACAUCUUUUUUUAUACAGAAAACACCCACAUCACCUGCCGGGAAUCCUGCUUUCUGUUUUUCACACCUCCCUUUCCAUCUCUCUUUCUCCUCCGUUCUGUUCUUACUCUCCUUUUCUCCGUUUCUCACCCACCCCGCCCCGUCCUCUCCCUUGCUCCCUCGGAUAGAGCCGGUAAAACGACGAUGCGCAAAAAAAAUCAACGAUGACAAAGCGUGACGACGAGCUGUGAAGAAAGAGAGAAAAAUGAAAAAAAUCAAGAGAGAAAUAAAGUGAAGUCUUGCCUUGAACACAAA